GUUUUGACCUCACUCGUUGGGGAGGAGAUGCAAAAAAAGGUCAAGUGUUUUCACUGUCUUUUUGUCAUUUGCUCUUCCUCCGUCUCCUUUUUCUUGGACGGGGUCAUGGAAGAGUCGGGACGGAGGGACACGCGGCCGAUGACGUACCGGUGUCUGUCGCCUAGCUUUUGACCCCCCCCGGCCGCAACGCCACUACAAGACCACCUCCUCUUCUUUACCUACUCUUCCCGUGUUUGGCAAAUCAUCCGCGGUAUCAACUCCGUGCAGUCCGUUCCCCGUUGUCUUUAGCAUCGACAUGGAAGACGGCAGCCGCAGCACGGUUCACCACCAACGCUACCGCCAUGGAGGAGGGGGAGGAGGACCGGUGGCCGCCCCCUUCGUGCUGAAGACGUACCGCAUGGUGGACGACCCCUCCACCGACGCCGUCAUCGCCUGGGGCUGCGACAACAACAGCUUCGUCGUCAUCGACCCCUUUGCUUUCUCGCAGUCCCUCCUUCCCUCCCACUUCAAGCACAGCAACUUCUCCAGCUUCGUUCGCCAGCUCAACACUUAUGGGUUUCGGAAGGUCGAUCCGGAUCGGUGGGAGUUCGCGCACGCGUCGUUCCUGAGAGGACAGAUGCAUCUGCUGAAGCAGAUAGUGCGGAGGAACAGCGGCUGCGGGAAGAAGAAGAAGGAAGGGGGAGAGGAGGAGGAGAACGAGGAGGAAGAGGAGAGGGUGGUGGCGGAGGUAGUGAGGCUGAAACAGGAGCAGCGGAGGAUAGAUGAAACGGUGCAGGGGAUGUGGAGGAGGGUGCAGGAGACGGAGCGCAGGCCGAGGCAGAUGCUGGCCUUCCUGGUCAAGGUGGCCGGGGACCCCAAGCUGAUCCACCGCCUCGGGGGGCCGGCGGCAGCCACGGACGCGAUCGAGGCAGGGGAGAAGCGGGCCCGGCUUCGAUCGGGGGCCGACGAGAGGAUGCUGGAGAUGGAAGGCGGCAGCGGUGGUUGUUCCUUCGAUGGACAGGCCAUGGCGGAGGGGGACGAGGAGGAGUUCCUGGGGACCAUCGACUCCGUGGGGUUGUACGGCGGUCCGGCGUGGGCGGGGAGUGAGUAUGGAGGGAUGGAGGUGGAUGUUGGUGUUGGAUCAGCAGCUUAUCCCUUCUCAUUCCAUCUGGACACAGGGUUUUAGCUCUCGGUUUGUCUUCAUAAUCAUGGAGUUCAAAUGUAUCUAUCUAUCUUAUCUUCUUCCCUUGCUUUUUGCCUCUUUCCUUGUUUCUUUCUGUUGGCAUUAGCACGCAAAUAAAGCUGUGCAGUUUUCCUUU